AUGUCCGAACAAGCACCGAAGCCAAACUCAAUGGCAGAUGUCCUUUCAAUGUUGCCAGACAAGCGCCCAGUUCAAAUUCAAAUUUUGAAUUUGAAAGCUCAUCUGACAAACACCGUUAAGACUCUCCAAAGUAGUCUUAUGGAAGAGAUGAAGGGACUUAAAGGUGAGUUCCUCAUGAACCAAGCUUCCAAUGAGAAAGUCCUGAACGAUUUGACGGAAACCUUGCGCAUUUACGCGAGAGAGAACCGAGACCUUGCCAGACUCAUCUACCGUUUCUUCGAAGAGAUAGACGCCAUCUGGAAGGUACUCGGAAAGGACAGAACCUCCAACACCGUAAUUCGUGAACACAGAAUUGAAGAAGGAAUUGUCGAGGAAGAAGAGAAACACGAAGAAGAGGAAGAGGAAGAAGAGAAACACGAAGAAGAAGAGGAAGAAGAAGAAGUUCCUGAAGCCGCUACAUGGGCAACCCUUGUUGCCGAUGACACUUACGAAAUUUCCCAACCCUACCCAUACCAAAUCCGCAACAAGGAGACAGGCAAGGUUCUUACCCCAGUCCUCAACAACUUGGGACACUUGAACCUUAACCUUCGGAAUCGCGGUUCAAUCUCCAUGGGCAAGCUUGUCGCAAUUCAAUGGGUUCCAAAUCCAGACAAGAAGACGAGGGUCAGACACAUUGACGGUGACAAGCUCAACAACCGUAAGGAGAACCUCGAGUGGUUCUAA